UAUAUCUUUGUUAUAUAUAAUGUUAUAGCUUUAUUGUAUGCAAUGUUUCAUUAAUUGAGUCAUAAUCUAUGUGCAUAAUCCACUUUAGUGAUGUGAAUGUAUAAAGUGGAUGAAAAGAGUUUAAAUAAAUAUCAAAUAAUUUCAGAAUUUUUGAGUAACUGUAAAAAGGGCAACUCUUUUGAGGUCAUACACAGGACUUGUUACUAUUUUGUUCAUCUCUUAUUCAUACUUAACUCCAUUGGCUAAUGUUACAAAAUUAUUUGUGCUUGCCAGACAGUGUAUUUGAGGUUAAUAGUGCCACAGCAGUUGUACACAACAGUUGUAAAUUACAUUACAUUUGAUUAUCCAAAAAAUGAAGAAGAAAAAAACUUGAAAACAAAGGCUUCUGUCAGAAAAAAGGUCUUUGUUCAAAAGGAAGUGGUGAACCACUGUAAGGGCUGGGUUUCUGUUUGAGUUUUUACUUUCCAUGAGCAGUACAAAGAAGCUAACCUAUAUUAUGAUUCCGGUUAGUUGACAGAAUGCUGAUGAACUACACCAACCAAACAGAGGAUGACCUCUUCUCCUGCUACAGUCCUUCAGUCGUAGGCUACCGGUACUUUGCUGUGCUGUGGGGAUGUGCCGUGACCAUCACUGGUACGGUGGGAAACCUGAUGACCAUUCUGGCCUUCGCCUUAGACCCACGUCUGAGGACUCGCUUCAAUGUGCUCAUCAUCAACCUGGCUGUAGCUGAUCUCCUGUACUGCACCGUACUGCAGCCCAUAUCAAUUGACUCCUAUCUACACCUCAGGUGGCGCAGUGGUCAGCUCUGGUGCAGCAUCUUUGGCUUGCUCCUCUUCCUCUCCAACUCUGUCUCCAUUAUCACCCUCUGCCUGGUAGCAGUGAGCCGAUAUCUACUGGUCACAAAGAGGGCUGUGUUUGACCGUGUUUUCUCUGACCGUGGUCUUAUUCUACUCCUGAUCUCAGCGUGGGCACUGGGCCUUGCCAGCUUUGGCCCUCUCUGGCCUGUUUACGUGUUUGUGCCACAGGUGUGCACAUGCAGCUUCCAUCGUACCAGGGGUCGUCCCUACAGCACCAUCUUGCUCUUUUUCUACUUUUUUGUGGGUCUGGGCUGUGUUGGUGUAUUCUACUUCCUCAUUUACAGACGUGUCAGGAUUGCCGCACAAGCUCUGCUCCGCUACAGGUUCAGCCGCCGGUCCUCCAGGAAGAAACCAGCUUCUUCAGCACAAGGGACUGAUGACAGUGGUGUAGAGAGUGGCACGGCAAAGACAUGCAGCUGUGAGGUGAGCAGCCAGGUGGAUUUAGCCCAAAGUAUGGAUGAGAUCACCUGUGAAAAAUCCUCCAAAUCUGCCCAGAGCUCUGCCAAGUCCCUAAUUUCAUCAGCAACUAAUUCUCCCCCUGAUAUCGUCGCAACAUCACCUUCAAUCACACCUGCUCCGACCACUGCAGCACCCUCUUCCCAAUCAGCAACUUCAGGAGAUGAUGACGAAUUUAAGCGUGUGACACGCAUGUGUUUCACAGUUUUUCUCUGUUUCGUGUUCUGCUUUGUCCCCUUCAUGUUGCUCAACAUAGCAGACAAACAAAACCGUGCCCCACAGGUACUGCACAUGUUCUCUGCAAACCUCACGUGGCUCAACAGCUGUAUCAACCCCAUGCUCUAUGCUGUCAUGAACAGACAGUUUCGACAGGCCUACCAUGUGCUGCUCACCAGGGCUGCUGCACCAUUCACCUGCCUCUGGACCUGGUGUUCAACACUGAGAUCCUAAACUCUUCAUCCUAAAGCUUAAACUUGCCUGAUGUUCAUCCUGAUGUAAACCCACUAUAAUAAUAUUAUUCUUGUGAAAUACACAUAGACAUAUGCAGCUACAUUCAACCACUUUUAACUUUUAAGUUGCUUUUCUGUUACAUGUAUGUUUCAUUAACAUUACAGACUGCAUUUACUCCUUUUUCAGUAUAUUAUGUAUGUACAAGAUUACAUUAUGUGUUUAUGUCAUGUAUGGAAUAAAUUCUAUUUUGUAAUAUAUAA